ACCCGGGCGCCAGCGCUUCCAUCGGCGGAAUGGCUGCGACCCGAGCCUCGGGAACCAAUGCCGUGUCUUUCGGCACAAUGAAACAAAACGUACUCAAUCUGGAAGUGGUUUUACCCGACGGACGCCUUAUGAAGACUAGUGGCCGCGCGUGUCGGUCCCGAAAGUCGUCGGCCGGCUAUGACUUAACCUCUCUGUUCGUCGGCAGCGAAGGAACUCUGGGAACCAUUACUAAGAUAUGUCUGAAGUUGAGUCCAAUUCCGGCUCACGUGGUGUCCGGUGUCUGCAGUUUUGUCGACGACAAGUCGGCCAUCAAUUCGGUGAUCAAAACACUUCAAUCGGGUGUAAGUGUGGCGCGGGUUGAGUACUUGGAUUCAAUGGCCAUACGGGCCACUCGUGCCUACAGUAAAGUCGAUUUGAGAGAAAGUCCGACACUUUUCCUCGAAUUCAACGGUUCGACGGCUGAAGAGGCGACCAAUCGGUCGGAAGUCGUGCGACAUAUCUGUGUCUCAAACGGCGGAUCAGACUUCGAGUGCUCUUCGGAUGCGGACGAGAGGAGACGGCUGUGGAAAGCGAGACACGAGUUGUAUUUCGCGUUGAAAUCAUUGGCGCCCCACUCGACGGCCAUCACAACCGAUGUCUGCGUUCCGAUCGCGCGGUUGACCGAAAUGAUCGCCAAAACCAAACGCCUGUUGGACAGG